AAAAAGAGAAAAAACAUAUCGGACAGAAGAGCGACGCGAAAAAAAAUCAGUAAAAGACCGAUAGAAGAGAUAUUUAAAGACAUAUUUUGGCUAAAAGAGGAGCAAAGAAGUAUAACAACACUGACAAACACGCUAAUCUAGAUUCAUUGGACAGGAGGAAGUAUUCCUGGGCAAAAGGCAGGACUUCAGCUUAAGUUUAAAACACCACAGUUGCUAGCAUGCCUCUCCACAAAUCAUCUCGAACCCCCCGUCUGGACCCCACAAUGAUCUCCGCUCCACUGGGUGAUUUCCGUCACACCAUGCACAUUGGUCGUGGUGGGGACGCUUUUGGUGACACCUCCUUUCUGUCCAGCCAUGGCCCCUCUAAUCCUAAUCCCAACUCUGUUCCACCAGCCCCAACAGCCACUGUAGAGACCACAGAGUUUCAGAUGAACCAUGGUGAAAGUGAACGGACGGAAGAGACCUGUCCAAGUCAACUUCAACAUUCAGAUUCGGUGUCCUCCUUUGACCUCGACUUGGAUUUAGGGCCAUCCAUUUUAGGAGAUGUACUGGGAGUGAUGGAUGGACUGACACUGGGUUCGGAUUGGACAGAGGACAGAGACAGUGAGGAGGUGUUUAGUUCUGGCAAGAGCACAAUGGGUGUCAUGAUGUCACAAAAGAGUGCUGAAAAUAACUUGAAUAUGUGGAAGAGAAUGGAAAGUAUGACCAAAGAGGUGUGCCAAAGAGAUGAGCAACUAAACGAGGUGAAUGGUGUGAAAUCAAAAGGGCUCAGGCCCAAAGUGCGAUUCAGCGACAAACGGGAUGAGAUCAUUGGUCGACAAGAUGUAAUUGAGGGGCUAGAUGUGGAAGGUGAGGAAAACAUGUGCUUGAGACCAAGAAAUGGGAUGCAGGAGAUCAGUGGGAGAACCCCUUGUGACAAAGACCCAGGACAACCUGAGCUGAGUAAUCGGAGGGAGGACAACACUCCAAGCCCCUCUUCCUCGGUGAGCUCAGAAUAUGAGGGAGUCUCGCCAUUGGACAGGAGGAGAGAAGACCAGCAUCUUUCAGACACAGAUUCAGAAGAGGAGGGGGCAAAUGGAGAACAAGGAUACACUUUUGAGGAUGAGUUUGAUGAUGAGAUUGGCUUAUAAGAGGACAUUUAAGGACCAAAAACAAGUUAUUGGCAUCGUUGAUGGGUCAUGGCAUGUAACAGAACUCUUAUUAUCAUGAUUCUUAAAAACAUCCAAAAACAGGGAGCAUUUUCUACAUGAGGUAAUAACUGGACUAGUUGGAAUUUUUACGAUGAAGUUUACGAUGGUAUUUGCUCAUAAUUGGAUACACUUCCAGAUUUGUCUUUGAAUUGUCAAAUUUUGAAAGUCUCCAUGGAUAGGGACAGAUGUCUUAACAAAAAGAACCCAAGAAGAAGUCUUUUUAGACCUUUAAACUCUCAGCCGCAUCAAACAGAUUUAUUGAUCAAUAUUUCCACUUCACAGCUCCAUUAUAGGGCACUUUAGCUUUUUUGAUUAACUGGAAACUGCUUUUAUCUCAUGUGGAGAGGGAAUGCUGGAGUUAAUAUAACAUGGAAUGUAGGUUAGGCUUAGAAAAACAUUUCUAAAAAACAAAUACAGAGUCAUAAAUUAUUUUUUAUAUUAUGGUUAUAUAUGCAGUGCCUUACACAAAAAUUGAAAGUUUUUUGCCCCAACUAAUUUUCCAUUACAGCACAUACAUUUUUGUUUUUUGCUUAGUUUCACUGAAAAGCCAGUGAUGAAGCUUUUUUCUUGCUGUGUGAAAAUGCAUUCACAAAUGCUGGAAUUUCAUCUUGGGAGUUUUUCAUAACAACUUAACACACAGAUCCUAAGAUGAGGACAAUCAAUUAAUUAAAAAAAAAAAAUUAAUCGCACCAGUUAUACGCUACAAAAAUGGUCCUAAAGCUAAACAAGUUCAAAAUGUGUCGUUUUUUUAAACUGUGAAUGACAACCAUCUGGCAUAUUCUGGUUAUCUACAAGGUCUCGCCGUUUUUUUUUUUUUUUUAAAUUUUCAACCCAAUUUGGAAUGCCCAAUUCCCAUGCACUCUAAGUCCUCGUGGUGGCAUAGUGACUCGCUUCAAUCCGGGUGGCAGAGGAGGAAUCUCAGUUGCCUCCAGGUCUGAGACAGUCAAUCUGCACAUUUUAUCACAUGGCCAGUUGAGCGUGUUACCCCGGAGACGUAGCGCAUGUGGUGGCUUCACGCUAUUCUCCGCAGUAUCCACACACAACUCACCAUGCGCCCCACCGAGACCCCCACUAUAACCACACAUUAUAGCCUCCACCAGGAUGUUACCCCAUGUGACUCUACCCUCCCUAGCAACUGGGCCAAUUUGGUUGCUUAGGAGACCUGGCUGGAGUCUCUCAGCAGCCUUGGAUUCAAACUCUAUCUCAAGGGUAGGGUUGCACCAGCUGUGCUUAAGGUCUCUCUUAAGUUGAGAUGUAAAGUUCACACUAAGGGCUUAGUAACUACUAGAUAUUUUGUAACUUAGUCAGUGCUUAAUUUGGUUGCACCACUUGCUCUUAAGGCAAGGCUUAACUAGUAAGUCGUAAGCUCUCCGUAAAGUAAUGCGUAGUCGCAUAAUAUGACGUUUACCUGUAUUUAUCCAAUAAGCAGCCUUGAAAUUUGUACACAGAAGUAUUAAAAAGUUGUGAACUUCAGUUUGAUCUUGUUACUGUUGAUGUUCAAACCUUGUUUGCUCACGUAACUGUUAGCUGUAAUAAAUUAUAUCCCCCAUUAAAAUACGAUACGUAAUAAAACAAGAUUUCAUUAAUGGUAAAUUUAGCCAAUGUAAAUAACAAUAUUCAAUAACUAUAUCUAAAAUGAAUAAGGGACAAUACAUAAAUAAAUACUAAUAUAACAGCCUGGAAAAAUAGACAUUUGUUCAUUUUAAUAUUUUAUAUAAUACGUAUAUGUUGAAACUUGACACCGUACAAAGGAAAGUGCACAGUAAGAUCGGUUUCAUGCUGAAAUAGUAAGUUUUUUACAUCAUGUUUUCUCCUGUAAAUGCCAACAUCAUCAUAUAUGUCGAAAGGACUGAAGCCUGUCACGGAAAGCAUGAGCUCAUUGAUGUCAUUAAAUGAGUCUGCUUCUUUAUUCCAACCGUUACUCCUGGUCGGAGGCUUCCGUAUAUAUUUAGUUUAUACGUAGAGUUACGUCCUACCUAAGUUUAAUGGUGCAACGCUCAAAUAUUUAGUAGUGCGUAAAUUGUGACUUAGUGCCCAUUUACGCCACAACUAGGCUAAGUUGUGACUUACGUAUAGCUGGUGCAACCGGUCCCAGGUGUGGUAGUCAGCUUCAAUACUCGCCCGAGGUAUCGCUCUUGACCAGAUUAAAAAAAGGGAAGCAUGAAAAGCUUUACAAGGUUGGGUUUAUUUGCAAACACAGUUUAUCUAACCCUUUCUUGCUUUCACAUUUAUUUGACUUAAAUAGUAAAGGAUAUAUAAUCACAGACAAUUAUAAAUUCUUUUAAACUGACUCAAAAACCUCACUGUGCAUAUUAAACGUUUGUAGAUAAGACCAAAAUGUGUUUUUUUGUUUUUUUUACUUAUGGUAUUUUUGCAUUUUUGUAAGCAUGCUAUUGUUAUUGAUAUUAUCUUGAUGUUAAAAUCUGCAGGUAAAUAAAUGAAUAUUUUACUACCCUAA